AUGGUGGACGGGGCGAGUGCGACACACCACGACAGCCCUGUUGGUGCCUGUUCGGGUCGGUGGAUGCGGUCUGCGGUGGGUGCGUGUCCGCGCAGCCGUCACCGUGUGCGGCGCAGGGCCAUUGCGGCUGUGCGUGCGGCUGUGCUCGUUGUGUUGGCGCUUGUUGCUGCUGCUGCGUGGAUGCCCGCGGUGCAUGCGGUGGUGUUGCGACUGCGGGGCUGUACGGUGGACAGAGCCAUCACGGUUGGCCGCGCCGUGGACACGGUGCUGAUGGACGGCGUGUUCAUCACGAACGGCGUGGCUGUGGUGUUCGACGUGCCGGCGAUGCUUCCCGGCGCGCUGCGCAUCGAAUUGAGGAACUGCGUGUGCUACGGCGGUGCGCAGAUCUACGUCCGGGGCUACGGCGGCGAGCCGGCGAGUGACCGGAGCCUGGAGGUGAGCGUGAGCGGGCUGUCCGGCGGCUACUGCUCGCUUGUGUUUGUGCACAACCUGCCGGCACACACGAACGUGACGGUCCGUGACUCGACGAUUGUGACGCCGGGGCCGAUGCGCUACUCCCAGCUGAGUGGGCUGACGGACGCGGUGGCGUCGCCGCUUGUGCUGCACGCGACGUCGCUGUUGCAGACGCAGCUGCGUGUGAGCAACACUUUGCUGAGGUCGUUGCAGGCGGGCGGGUCGGCGGUGUACGUUGGCGGCGGCAUGGACCUGCUGUCGAGUGCGGUGGUGCUUGACGGCGUGUCGCUGGAGGCGUCGGGCGGUCUGGCCGCGUCUGCGUUGCGUGUGGCGCCCUCGUCGCGUCUCAGUCUGCGGAGCCACUCGGUGUUCUCCGUGACAAACGUGUCGGUUGUGAGCAGCGGCGGUGGCAUUGUGCUUGGCGAGCGCCUCGCGGUGUCCGACUCGGUGCUGCGCUUCGUGGACGUCGAGGGGUCUGUCGCGUCGUCGCUGGUGCGCUGCGACGGUGGGACGGUCAGUGCCGGCGGGUGGCUGGAGCUGCGCGACGUGUGGGCGGUGGGCGAGGCGUCGUCUUUGGCGUCGCUGUCGGAGGUGACGCUGAGCGGCGGCGCCGCUUCGAUUGCGCGCUGCACUGCUGCCGGCGCGACGCUUGUCUCUGGGCUGGCAAUCACGAGCGGCGUCGUGUCGGUGCAGUGCAACCGUGCCGGCGGCCGGGUGCUGGAGAGCAGUGGCGACUACCGCUUGGCCGGCCUGCCCUCCGUGAGCGUGGUGCCUUGCGACGGCUGUGCGGCCGCGCUGGCGUGCUUCGAUGCGCUGACGGCGUCGUUCACCGACUGUGUGUGCAGCUGCCGUGCCGGCGGUGUGGGCGAGGCGUGCCUGCCGUUCGACGUGCCGCCUGCGAGGUCCGGCGGCGGUGGUGGCGAUACUGCGGAGGGCUGCGUGAGUGGCGUGACGCUGACGGAGUCGGUGACGGUUGGCGGUGGGCGUGCGACGGCGUGCUUCGACUCGGUGGUGUUCAGCGGACCGAUCACUGUGGCGGUGGAGCUGCGCUUGAUGGACGCGUUUGCCGACGCGCUGAACGUGACGCUGCGCCACUGCGUGCUUGCGGGCGGCGCGCAGCUGCGGAUUGGCGGCCUCAGCGAGAGCACGGCGCGCCUGGUGCCGCACGUCCUCGUCAACAUGACGAAUGUGACGUCGGUGGAGGGCACGAUCGUGCUGCGUGGCGCGAUGCCGCUGCACUCGAGCGUGCUGCUGGUGAACUCAACGCUGCGUUCGACGGUUGGCGGGUCGCAGUACGUGCCGACGACCCGUGGCCAUGCGGGAUUUCGGUACGGCCCCGCGCUUGUCCUGGACGGCGUCCGGCUUCUGUCGACGCGGUUUGUCAUGACGCGGUCGACGCUGGUGUGUGGCGGGGGUUUGUGCGCUGCGAUCCUUGUGGAGCGCGACCUUUGCGCCAACCUGUCCAGCGUAUUCUACAUGGACAACUGCGUUGUCAUUUCGCGGACGCACGUAAUGUACGCUCUUGCGUCGGACCUGCGUGUUGUCGGCGGCUCCGUGUUCUCCAUACAGAACAGCUUGUGGAGUGCGCCGAGCAUCGAAUAUUACAGAGGCGCGUGUGUGUUUGGGGACGUUGCCGUGGAUGGCGGCAGCGUUCUGCAGAUUGUGUCCAGCACGUUUCGUCUUGGCUUCGCCAUGCUCAUUGCAAACACGCUGACCGUGGCUGACGGCAGCUGGCUGGUGCACCGCGACAACGAGUUCUGCACCGCCUACGUUGUUUAUGUGACCAACUACUACGGCGUUGCGUUCCGCAAUCGGAGUGUGUGGUCGAUACUUGACAACAACUUCACGUACGGCUUGUACUCGUCGACCAUCGCACGCAUGACAAGCAACUGGUCACCACCAUCCGACGCGCGCCCGACCAUCUACGGCAUGUGCAACGAGGUAAAGGGGUCUCCUGUGACGAAUUACGGAGACGAGCUUAACGUUGGAGCACCCGUGAGGGUGUUGGACUGUGGUGCGUGCACCGUGGACGCCGUGUGCUUCGCAGCGAUGACGAGCAGCAUCAGCGGCUGUGAGUGUGUGUGUGCUGCUGGCGGCCACGGUGACACGUGUCUGCCAGCUGAUGUUCCGGACGAUCUUGGGCCGCUCCCGCUCCCCGAUGCGGACGACACGGAGGUCCGCUGCGUGCACGGUGGCAGCAUCAGCUCCGUGGACGAUCCUGAUCCCGGUGUGCGUGGCCUGUGCUUCGUCAACGUGACCUUCACCGCCGCGAUUGCGCUGGACCUGUGGAGCUUCGACGCGCCAGAACAAACACUCAACAUCACGCUGCUGCAGUGCGUCCUCGUGGGCCUGUCGAUCAAGGGGAGUGGUGCGCGCGUGCACGUGAACGUGUCAUCCUCGAUGCUGGAUGCCGGAGCGUUGGAGUUUGAGGGCCAUUUUGGCUUGAGCUCCCAGCUACUGGUGGUUGGCAGUACGCUUGUGAUGACGUCUGGCCACGCCAUUCAAUUCCAGAGGUUUUCUCUUGGAGCGAACUCGACGCUGCUGCUACUCGACAACAACAUUGAGGGGAGUAAUUACGCAGUCCGUUUAUCCUCCGUUUUUGUUGAUGGUGGCGGGAUCAUUGUGAAGGGAAACACGCUGAGGGGAGCGGAGGAAUUUCCGUUGGAAUCCGCUGUUUUGUUUGCACCUGCUGUUUUGAAGAACGGGGGCUACAUUGACGUGGAGAACAACACGAUGAGCGCAGUUAGUGGCAUUUAUUUUUAUGGGGACACCACCGUGAGCUCCGCGGGGCUGCUGAGAGUGGCGGACUGCACCUUCUUUGGCAUCACACUGUUUUUUGAACCCGCGCUGGUGCAGUUGUCUGGCUCUGUGACAGUCGAGGGUGGAGCGCAGUGGCGUGUGGAGGGCAACAGCGUGAGCGCAGCCUCAGUGAUGGGUAUGCCUAAUUCCUUGUGCAAAAUGAAGCUGUUGGGCGGCGGCACCACCGUGGUGCUAUCAAACAACCGUCAGGUAGACGAUAGUUAUUCCUUUGCGAAACUUCUUCCACGGAGCACGAUUGUGACGUCACCCGCACGGUUUGUGGUUGGGUGCAACCUGCAGGGCGAUGAGGAGGUGUCGUACGACGAUGUGUUUCCUGGGGACGUGGUGUUGUUCAGGUGCGGCACGUGCAACGACGACGCGGCGUGCUACAUGCCUGGGACGGAGUCGGUGGACCGCGGCUCGUGCUCGUGCAACUGCAAGGACGGAUGGCAUGGCGCGUCGUGCCUUCCCUUCGAGGUGCCCGACACGGUUGUGCCGCCCGUAGCGGAGAGAGCCGUUGACGGCGACACGAGCUGUGUGGUGAACCAGACGCUGACGAACCUUACGCUGAACAUGUGGAAGACGCACCACUGCUACGAGGGCGUGACAUUCAGCGGCGUGGGUGCUGUGCUGACGUUUUCGUUUGACAGUAUGCCGCUGCAUCUCCCCAUCAACAUCACGCUCGCUGGGUGCACAUUUCGCGAUGGAGCCACGCUGCAGUUUGUUGGUGGCGCUGAGUCGGCGGAGUCAGCUGGCGUCCUGAUCCGCGUGAGCCGGACGGUGAUGCGGUCCUCCGUUGUUGUGUUUGCACUUGCCCUCCCGCAGCACUGCGACGUUGCCGUCACGGAGGUUGAUGCGGUGCAAAUCUCUGAGGUUCAGCUGCUUGACCUUAUGAGCAACAUGCUGAGCGUGGUGCUGCUGCAGAACUUUUUUUUGAGUGCUUCCUCGCUGUUGGUCAGCAACGUCAAGGCGCAUGCAUUGAGGUAUGGGGGGUCUGGUUUGUACUCGACCGGGACGCUGACGCUGGUGGGUGGCAGCUCGCUGUAUGUGCGGUACUGCAGCUUUGAUGGAUUCGCACACAUGCUGUACAUGAAUAUCCUCAGUGUCAGUGAUCACUCUGUUUUUGCGCUGCUCAACAGCACAAUUUCCUCCGGGGAAAGUCUUCUGUAUAUACGCCACGGAUUGAGCGUGUCGGAUCACAGCGUGUUGCGCGUGGUGGGGAACAGCGUUUUUUCAUUCUAUGCUAUUUACGCUAACAAAUUUUGGACAGUUGAGCAGUCAAGCUGGUUGGACUGGCGUGACAACGACGUGGAGGUGGGUGCGAUGUUCUACGACAGUAGCUCCGCCUUUGUGAGCAUUGACAGCAGCAGUGUGGUGACGCUGGCGAGCUGCAAGAUGGGCUCGACGGGGUUGUCGGUACCUCUGCUAUCUCGGGCCGACGCCGGCUAUCGUUUCGUUGCUGGGUGUCUGACGGUCGCAGGACGGGAGGUGACGACGGCAGCAGAACUGGCGCUGAACGGCAUCACCAGCGUGACGACGGUUGCCGCGUGCGGGGAGUGCACGAAGGACGGCGACUGCUUUGCACCGCUGACGACGGCGGUCAUUGACUGCAAGUGCCAGUGCGCAGCUGGAGGGCACGGCGAUGUGUGUGUCCCGGCGCCUGUGCCUGCUGGCCCGCCGCCACCGCCACCGCCGUCACCGCCACCACCGCCACCUCCGCCUGUUGGUGGGUGCAUCAGCGACAUGGUGUACCCCGAGGUUGCGCAGGCAGUGGGCGGCGGGCUGUCGUGGCUGUGCUACCGCAACGUGACGUUCAGCGGGGGCGGCAUGGGCCUGACGGUGCUGGUCGGGGCGAUGACGGGUGACGUGGCGAACGUCACGUUCGAUGGAUGCACGUGGAGGGACGGCGCCGUGCUGUUGCUCUUGGGCAACGUGCAUGCCGCUGUUGGGGCGCUGAACAUCGUCGUCACCGGCAACACGUUUAGUGACGCGCUGCUCAGCCCGGAGGGUGUGUUUCCACCGCACACGAACAUCACGAUCAGCGGGAACCGCUUCACGGUCACGAGGCUGAUCCCUCGGUUGGGUUUGGUCCUUAGGAGGCCGUCGUGUGUUGCGAUGAAUGGACUGGUGAUCAGCAACGACUCCGCGGUGGUGCUGAGUGGCAAUGUGUUUCACGCCGUGACGGCGUCGUCAAGCGUCAUUUACUUUGUUGGAUCUGCGCUGAGGGUGUCGUGGCACUCCGUGUUUGCGGUGGUGGGCAACGCGUUUCACAUGGCUGGCGGUGACAGUACGCUGAUGCAUCUUGGAUGGUCUAGACAUUCUUUGUCGCUGAGUGUACUGAACAACUCUGCUUUGGUGGUCCGAGGCAAUCUUGUGACGAGGCCGGUGAAGUACUUCAUGAACAUUUUGUCGGUCUUACGUGUGGAGUCUCAAUCAGCUGUUGUGUUUCAGGGGAACGACAUGCGGGGAAGCUCGGUUGUGUUUAUCUCAGGCGAAUCGUCCAACAUCUACUACAACUCCUGGCUGCAGUUGAGCGGCAACCUCUGCCGUGAAUCCCCAUCGGAAGCCUUUGCUUUUUUUUACUUCACGGUGAAUCUCCGCGACUCCACGUUGUCUGUUUCUGGCAACCAAUUCAUGUCCAGCACGGGAAUGACGAAAGCGCUGUGGAUACAUGCAGUUUCCAGCGACCUCAAAAAAGGAGAGAUUGUGGCUGCGUGCAACAGUUUGAACGGCGAGGAGGGAGUGCAAUACAUUAUUCCGUCUGUGUACAACGCCACCACCCUGAACUGCAGCGACCCAUGCGCUCUUGCGGCGUCGUGCUUCCCCGCGUACACGACGACGGCCUCGAGUGAUGGCUGCGCCUGCACGUGCGCUGAGGGCGGCCACGGCGAUGCGUGCCUGCCUGUCGCUGUCCCCGAGCCACCGAGCACCGACGGCGCCGACUUGUGCGUGCGGGACGUGCGUGUGGAGGUGGAGGUGAGCGCCGGUCUCGGGACGUCGGUGGCGUGCUACGUUGGUGUGACCUUUGCGGCGGACGUCGUGGUGGACGUGGAGUCGAUGUCGGGGAGAGUGCGCAACGUGACGCUGGCGAACUGCACUUUUGUGAGUGGCGCGAGCCUGUACGUUGUUGGGUGGCGGUCCGACCCGCCUGCUGGCGAGCGUGCCGAUGUUUUGAUCAGCGGGCUUGAGUCGCGCUCCGGUGGCGGCGUGCUGGUGGCGAACCGAUACCCGCCGGGCUCGCGCGUCACUGUGGUGGACUCGGUGCUGAUCGCAGAGAGGCGUGUUGCGUACCGUAACGCCUACGGCCUUGGCGACGCCUCCGCGUGCCUCGUGGUGCACAAAGUGAAUCUGACUGGGAGUGUGCUGACCAUUGCGCGCACGCACAUGCUGGCGGUGUUCCGUGAGGCUGUUGGCGUGCUUGUGGUUGGCGGCGUGGCGCUGUCGUCGCGCGGUGCGCUGUACGUGGACGGGCUGUUGGUGCAGACGGCGCUGGGGCUGUGCGUGUCGGUGGAGGGCGGUGUUGCGGCCAUUGGCGGCUCCGUUGUGGCGUUUGUUGACAGCGACUUCCUGCUGUGCAAGCACGCGGUGUCUGUGCGUGGGGCUGUGAGCGUGUCGGGCUCCGCUGUGGCGCUUGUGCGGAGCGACUUUUUGUUGACGGAGGACUACGCGGUGGCGUUUU